AUGCCACUACAUUUCUAUCGCACAAGUCGUCGCUUGAAGAAUGUGACCUACAUUCGCCAGCAACUGAGACGCACCCUUUCGGUGAACCAGUCUCUGAUUCGUCAGAAGUUUCGGUUCACCGAUGACCAACUAGACUGGAUCACUGAGCUUUUGGGACCCCUGUCGUGGAUGCACUAUUGCAUCCUGACGUCCUCCAGCAGUUUAUUGAAUUUUAACCCGAGGAUGAGCAGUGAUGCCAAGCGAGAUCGAAUGAGUUCGCGAGGACAGGAAAGAUGUCCAGAGAAUGUGAUCGGAGCCGUGGAUGGCACACUGGUCCGUAUUAGGACACCGGCUGUUGACGGACGCUGCAGGUCGAAUCCUGUACGUCAAAACAGUGGGUCGCCAGGAUCAGUGCACGACGCUACCUGUUCUAGCGUAACUCCUCUCCUGCAGCAGUGUUCAACAGAGGUUAUCGCCUUUUUGGCGAUUCGGAGGUACGCCAACGGUAGCGGAAUAAUUACGCCAUUCCGCCCCACUGCCAUUCGAGGUGACGCGAGGAAAACGCGAUAUAACCGUGAACAUUGUCGCAUGCGGGCGAUCGUGGAGAUGACCAUAGGUCGUCUGAAAUCGCGUUUCCCCAUCCUCUCGUCGGAACUGAGGGUGGGGCCUCAACAAGCGUCGAAAAUUGUGCUGGCAUGCGCAGUGUUGCACAACAUUAGCUUGUGCCUUAACGCGUGUGGUAUACGACAGCUUGGAAGGAGGAAGGCCACCAUGGUGCAUCCGCGUGAUGAUGUUGAAGAUGUCCGAGCCUACAUUGGUGAGAGAUUAUAG